UCCUAACAAGAGGAGGGGGCCUCUCUCUCUCUAACCUUUCUUAUUUGUCUCUUCAACCAUUUUGGGAUCCUCUUCUUUUCUUGUUCUCUUCUUCGUAGUUCCUAUUUCCUACCCUCUCCCCCUGCUUUCUCCUCUUGUUUUUUCAACUUUCCUUUCAUUUCAAGCCUCUUUUUUCUACUUUAGCACAAAAAACUGUGGACCUUUUUUUUUUUUUUUUGGAGAAUUGAUAGACAAGUGCUGUUGCUGAGGGCUCACCGUAGAAUCUCUUGUUUCAGAAAAUGAGUACUUCAAAGUUCAUAAAAUGUGUGACUGUGGGAGAUGGAGCUGUUGGAAAGACUUGCAUGCUCAUUUGUUACACUAGUAACAAGUUCCCAACUGAUUACAUCCCUACGGUGUUUGACAACUUCAGUGCUAAUGUGGCUGUGGAUGGAAAUAUUGUAAAUUUGGGAUUAUGGGAUACUGCAGGUCAGGAAGAUUACAGCAGGCUGAGACCUCUGAGUUACAGAGGUGCAGACAUAUUUGUGUUGGCCUUUUCUUUAAUCAGUCGGGCUAGUUAUGAAAACGUCCUCAAGAAGUGGAUGCCGGAACUUCGUCGCUUUGCACCCAAUGUUCCAAUUGUACUCGUUGGUACAAAGUUAGAUCUUCGCGAGGACAGGGGGUAUAUGGCUGAUCAUUUUGGUUCAAACAUCAUCACCUCCGCCCAAGGCGAGGAGCUGAGGAAGCAAAUAGGCGCAGCUGCUUACAUAGAGUGCAGCUCGAAGACGCAGCAGAAUGUGAAAGCUGUAUUUGAUACUGCCAUAAAAGUUGUGCUUCAACCUCCAAGGCGGAAGGAAAUGGCACGAAAGAGAAGACAGAGAAGCUCUGGCUGUUCCAUCGUCAGGGGGAUUGUAUGUGGAGGAUGUGCUGCUGCCUAAGAAAAAGAUAUGGGGCAGAAUCUCUUGAACCCAUCAACGACAAACGUUACUAAUAGAUGGUGCUUUUUGCAAGUGGUUUGGGAGCUCAAUGAGAGGGCACAUUCCCCAGAUGGCUCACGGUUCUAUAAUCGUGUAGGUGUUGUGUGGUCGUGGUAGUAUUGAAGUGUAGUAGUGCUAAACUAAAAGAUGAGGGUUAUUUAUUUAUUUAUUUUUUUCCUACAAUGUUGUUGUUGUUGUUGACCAUAGAGAAACGUCGAAGGGAUGGAGGGAAUUAUUCAUUCUCUCUCGACCAAGUACUGUGAAUUACUACUACUAUGUUGUUUCGCGUUCCUUGGUAUUGUGAAAACUCAGAAACCUCGUUAAUGAUUCUGUUCUUUCGUUU